AUGAUUUCCUCGUCGACCUUAUCCAUAUACAACGCCCCCCAGCCACCGUCGCCGACCGCCAUCCAGGCCACCUCCGAUCCUAAAUCUAGCCCCUCCACACCAACAUCCGACCCUCAAUCCUCCCCCAAAUCCCAGGCUCGGCGGAUCAAGACGAGCCCUCAGCUCAGCCGCUGGUCCAGGGCUCGCGCAAUCCGGUCCGGUCGGAAAUUGAACCGCCAAAUUCAGCUACCCAACAACGAAACCAACAAUCCGGAUUCUCCCCUGACCGUCUCCGGUGAUAGCAGCGACAGUAACGGAAGCGAUCCCCUGACGCUCUCCCCGGCCAGCCAAGGAGCGAGCGACGGAGACUAUUUAACGGACGUGGCGGCGUCCGGCAAGUCCAUAUACAUGGUGUCGGACGGUACGGGGUGGACGGUGGAGCACUCCGUUAACGCGGCGCUGGGGCAGUUCGAGCACUGCCUGGUGGAUCGGGUUUGCCCGGUUAACACACACUUGUUUUCUGGGAUUGAUGACGUGGACCGACUGAUGGAGAUAAUCGCGCAAGCCGCCAAGGAAGGGGCCAUGGUGGUGUACACCCUGGCGGACCCCUCGAUAGCUGAGUCAGCCCGCCAGGCUUGCCUCCUGUGGGGGGUGGCUUCCCUCGAUGUCCUCGGGCCCAUAACCGAGUCCAUCGCUUCCCACCUCAACGUCACCCCAUCGGGUCUCCCCCGGUGGGCCCCGGGACGCAGGCCCGCGCUCGGCGAAGACUACUUCCGGAGGAUCGAGGCCAUCGAGUUCACCAUCAAGCAAGACGAUGGGGCCCUUCCCGAGAACCUGGACCGUGCGGACCUUGUCCUAACGGGCGUGUCGCGAACGGGUAAAACCCCAUUGUCUAUCUACCUGGCGCAAAAGGGUUACAAGGUGGCGAACGUGCCGCUUGUGAUGGGUGUGGGCCCGCCGGAGAGCCUUUUCCGGGUCGACCCGGAGAAGGUUUUUGCCCUGACGAUUAACCCGGUUGUGCUGCAGACAAUUAGGAGGACGAGGGCGAGGAGCUUGGGGUUCGAUGAGGGGAUGAGGAGGAGCUAUUGUGAAAUGGAUUAUGUUAGGGAGGAGUUGGAGUUUGCUAGCAGGAUUUUUCAGCAGAAUCCGGUGUGGCCGGUGAUUGAGGUUACUGGGAGAGCAGUUGAAGAAACUGCUGCUAUUAUACUGAGGCUUUACCACGACAGAAAAAAUAGAUGCUCGAUGCCGAGAAUUUCAAAGCGCUACUGA